AUGUCGGAAGCUUUUUGCGCGGGCUGGUCCCCUGAGAGCACAACGUGCCAGAAGACCGGGCAUUUCGCUUGCAAGGGCUGUUUACUUGUCACGUAUUGCGGCUCAACCUGCCAGAAGUCGCAUUGGCCCCAGCACAAGAUCGACUGUAAAUGCCCCGUUGGCAAGACCACCUGGCAGCCACAAUGGGCCUUACAGAACCGCAUGCCCGACUUCGUCCGCGGCGGGGUUGGGGAGCAGUUCGGUGGCAGGAAGUACCUGUGGGGAAAUAUGCCUGCCUAUGACGUCCUAAAGCUCGUCGACAAUGAAGGCGUCGCAUACGACGGGCCGUUGACUCUUCUAUUUGCUGCGUCCGGCGACCUUCGCAAUCUUUUCAAGACACUCGCCGAGCUGCCAGAGAGCUACACUGGCACGGUCCGAGUGACGCUGAAUGACCGAGACUUGGAUGUUGUUGCGCGGAAUAUCAUCAUGCUCCUCAUCGCACUCGUUCUAGAAGAUGCAGAAGAGGCGAUUGACUGCAUUCUACACUUCUGGUACUCCUGCCUUAUUCGCAAGUCCCACUACGAGGCAGUCCAAGCACGGAUCAGGCCUCUAAUCCAAGACGUCUGUGUUAAGAUCAAGGCAAAGAGCCCGGGCAGCCUACAGGCCAAAACCUGGAAACUUGGCAAGCACUCGCUUAGACUUGUUUUGACACAGUCGACUUGGACUCGACUGCUGUCCUACAUGGAUCUGCCGCAAGGCUUGGAUGGCUCGAAGGCUACCCGGAUCCGCCAGGCUGUCACGCAGGCUGAGUCCCGGGUUGACUACCGUGACAGACACCUGCUGUUUUUCUCGCCAGCUCACCGGGUCGCCAAGACUCGCUUCUGGAAGGACGGUCUACUUCUCCCGUUCGGUGCCAGUCGCGACGAUUUCGUGGUCCCGAACCCCACCUUUUUUUCCAACGCGAACGGAUGGCCAAUGUUUGACAAUGCUGAUCCGCUUAGCGGGUGGACGCUGAAAGAGAUUGAAGCUACUUCCAGCGGCCAGGCUACCGCGGAUCUUUACGGAAAACUGUCCAAGCACAUACACAACACUCUGAAGUCUUUUCUUCAUCGACUGUACAGCCUACGGGCUGUGGAGCUCAGGUUUCUCCACGUGGACGCUGUCAAGCUCCCAGAACUAUUGGGCGAGUCUGAACGUUUUGAUAGAAUUGAAGUGUCGAAUAUCUCAGACUGCGGGUACGUGGGCCCGCAUCAGACCGUGGGACUUUUGGCGCCGUUGCUCCAAACUCACGCGAUGAAUCCGCACGCAACACUGAUCACCCUCUUUAUGAACGCCGUCGACGAGAAUAGGAACGAGCAGGACGAGAUCCUUGAGAUGUCCCCAGACGGCCCGGUGAUGAGAACUUUGAUCAAAUACAUGCCGCCCACGAGACGACUGGCAAGCAAGAAUGACCCUGCCAUGAUAAAGUUCAUCUCUUCCAAGGACUACGUGGCCAGCCACGACCGCUAUUUUGACCGAUUCGUGGAGAAGUUCAAACUCACCGAGUUCGGCCACGUUUGUGGCGUCACCAUGAAGAACAAGCACACCAUUAUCGAGAAGUGGCCAUACAUUCUUAGGCUCCAACCGGAUCAGAAAGGCGCGCAGGAGGAAUUUGACCGACUGCUUCGCAGCAGUACUUCGACAAAGGAGCGCUACGUGGAGUGGAAGAGGAUUGUGGCUUAGGGAGGCAAGACGGGCAAAUGACCCAGUAUGCUCGGUUUAGGGCAACCAUAAAGGAUCACGCACUUCGCUUAGUUUUGAUUGAUCACUACAGACUCUGGGUUCAUCCCGGCCGUGAUCCAAGCGACAAUCACAGCAAUCUGGUUAAGGUCUCUACACACUACCCUCGGGUCUGCAAACGGGGCUACCAGGUCAAACCUUUUGGCUCUACCCGAAACUACAGGGGACUUGUCCGAAACUGUUUUUAUCGUCCUUGCUCAACGCACGGUGGAUAUGAAUAGAUGACUUCCUUUCAUUUUCCCCAGGCUUUGAAGCUCUCGAGCUCUCUUUCA